UUUAUUUUUAUUUUACCAAAACAGUACUAAUCAAACACAAGUACAAAAUAAGUAAAUUCCAUAAAAAAAAAAAAAAACUAAAAAAUUUAUUGAUGUACUUGAUGCUCAAUCUUAAUGAAAGGAUCUUCGAUUUUUUUUAAAAAUAAAAUAAAAAAAUCUCAGGGGCCCCACAUGAGAAGGUAAGUCACGUAAGUGGGUCCUACACGUAGAAAAUCAGUCCCCAGGAACGCCAACAUCAUGAAUUAGCCGUUACACGCCCACUCCCGAACCCGAGGCCACUCUCCCACUACUCCCCAGAGAUCCCAAAACUCCAUUACAAGUUACCGAUUUCAACCUUUGAAGCCUGAAGCUUCGCCUGCGCAAAUGGCCGAUUUUUCUUUCCUCUCAGAUACGGACGAUUCUGCGGUGGAAGAACUCAUUUCCCAAACCCGAGACCUCUGCGUUCUUGAACAGGUAUCCGCCAUCAACUGCUCUGGUUUUGUUGAUACUCUUCUCCCCAGUGAUCUCGAGUCCCGCUUCAACAGACUCAAAUCCUUUCCGGCCAGAAAUUCCAAGCCCAACCCCUCUUCCGCUCUGCCACAUCAUGGUGGUUCAGCUCGUUACAUAUCUGAGCUCACUUCCAAGACCGAGUCGGUUAACUCGGUUCCUGGUAAAGUAGAGUCCGACGAAGAUUCUACCAUUCUCUCUCCUUCCAAACAAAACCCACAAAAGAUAACCCCUCCCAAGUCAAAAUCACCACCUACGUAUCGCUCAUCUCCUAUCGAGAAAAUUUUGGGUUUUUUAACUUCCAAAGAAUCAAAACGUGGGCCAUUUUCGUUUUCUUCGAGUUCCUCUAAUUCGUCUCCAGAAAAAGUCAAUUUUUCGGCUUCUAAACGAGGAUUGGAUGAGAAGAAUCGUCUUCGUUGGAGAUUGCGUAGUGGGUUAUUUUCGUCUCCGUUGUGCUCCUCAAAUUCGACGAGGAAGGAUUCUCCGUCUCCGCCGAAGAGAGCAGGUUGCUUAUGGUGUUCUCCGAAAAAGGAGCCUCGUAGGAGGAGUAAAGAAAAUUGGUCGAUAAGCAGUGAUGAUUGGAGCAAGAACGAUGAGCUAUUGUCAGAUUUGGGCUCUUUCUCGUUUAAAGAGCAACGGAAGAUACUAAAAAUGGCAAUGAAAGAACAACAGAAGAUUAGCCGAGAGGCACAGAAAAUUGUCAAGAUGGCUAGACAAGCAUCUGCAAGGAUGAACGUUUCUGGCAUCGAUGAUGAGCUAAGUGAUAAUUAAGAGUACGGAGAUAGUAUAUUUUUUUACCUUUUUUUUUUUUAAAAAAAAUGUCUGCUUUCAAUUGUAUUUACUCGUGAGAUGAUAGAUAGUAUAGGUUGUCCGUGGUAUUAUACUUAUCGAAUUUUAUGGUUUAAUGUUUUUUCCUUCGUCUUUUAACCUGUUACAUAGAAAAAGCGUGCUGUAGAGGUUGAUCUCUGCGUUCUUUUAACCUGUUACAUAGAAAAAGCGUGCUGUACAGGUUGAUCUCUGUGUUCAUUUGGUAAUUCUGGUCAUACCAAAUCUUUUUUUUCCA